AUGGCGCUGUUCAGGAGAUUCUUCUACCGGAAGCCACCGGAUCGGCUUCUCGAGAUCUCUGAGAGGGUGUACGUGUUCGACUGCUGCUUCUCUACGGAUGUUCUCGAUGAAGAUGCGUACCGAACAUACAUGAAUGGGAUCGUGGCUCAACUACAGGACCACUACCCAGAUGCUGCUUUCAUGGUUUUCAACUUCAAAGAAGGGGAAAGGAGGAGCCAAUUAUCUGAUGUGCUAUCUCAGUAUGAUAUGACGGUAAUGGAUUACCCUCGGCAGUAUGAAGGGUGCCCCCUGUUGCCACUGGAGAUGAUCCAUCACUUCUUGCGAUCAAGCGAGAGCUGGUUGUCGCUCGAGGGCCAACAGAAUGUGCUUUUAAUGCACUGCGAAAGAGGAGGAUGGCCCGUGUUGGCUUUCAUGCUCGCGGGCCUACUUUUGUACAGAAAACAAUAUACUGGUGAGCAGAAGACUCUUGAGAUGGUCUACAAACAAGCACCCAGGGAAUUGCUUCAUCUGCUGUCUCCUUUAAAUCCACAGCCAUCUCAGCUCAGAUACCUUCAGUACAUCUCUCAAAGAAACUUUGGUUCAGAUUGGCCACCGAAAGAUACACCACUGGCUUUGGAUUGUAUUAUACUUAGAGUCCUUCCUCUGUUUGAUGGUGGAAGAGGGUGCCGACCUGUUGUUCGUGUAUACGGUCAGGACGCUUCUUCAAAAUCGUCUAGUCGAAGUUCCAAGCUUUUGCUUUCGACUUCAAAAGUGAAAAAGAAUAUACGUUUCUAUCGGCCGGAAGAGUGCGAUAUAGUGAAAAUUGAUAUCCAUUGCCAUGUUCAGGGAGAUAUCGUUCUUGAGUGCAUUCAUUUGGAGGAUGAUAUAAUGAGGGAAGAGAUGAUUUUUAGAGUUAUGUUUCAUACUGCAUUUGUCCGAUCAAAUGUUAUGAUUCUGACCCGUGACGAUGUCGAUGUUCUUUGGGAUGCCAAGGAACAAUUUCCAAGAGAUUUCAGAGCAGAGGUGCUCUUUUCAGAUGCAGAUUCUCUUGCAUCCAUUAUUACUACAAAAGAAGCUGUGAGUGAAGAUGUAAAUGAAUUAGAAAGUACCUCACCAGAAGAGUUUUUUGAGGCAGAAGAGAUUUUCAGCAGUGUAGAUGGGCAAGACGGUAGAGUGGAGCCUGAUAACCAUACUCAUACUGUUCAGCUGAGAAGUCAGAACAAUGGAAUUCAUCAUGAAGUAUCUCGGAAGGAUGGUUCCGAUUAUCGUGCAUAUGAAGAAUGUGCAUCAGACGAGGGUAUUCUCAGAAGCGUGCACCACUUGCUUCAAGAAAAAAAUAUGUUGCUCAAUAUGGAUGGUCAGUUGGACAGUACUAGUAGUAAUGGUAAACCCAACUCUGUUUAUUAUGGCACGCAUGGUAAAUCGGAAGUAGAAGAAAAUAAGAAGAGUGAGGAUGCUCCUUCAGCCAAACAUAAUUUAAUUGCUGAUAAUAAUAAUGAUAAGCAGCAGAAGUUGUAUAACGGGGUCUCAACUGUGGCGAACAAACAGAUGAUGUCCAAUAGUUCAAAGCCUGCUUCAGAUUCAGUCAGCACCAACAAGAAAUCUAAGCAGCAAGAGUCGCAGGGCCCUACCUUACGACAAGCCAAGCCAGAUGCUGUGUCCAGGUGGAUACCUUCUAAUAAAGAAAAAAUGGCGGCGACUGCUGACAACAAUUCUUUUGCACCAAGCCGUUCAAAGUAUGCAUCUUACCCACCAUUAGGUUUGAGAUCAACUAAAGAAGCUUCUUCUCCAACUUUGCCUAGAACACCACAAGUGAAAAAUGAAACUGAGGAAAUUAGCCUGCCACCGGUAACAACAACUUCAGUUACCCUUCCACCACCACCGCGGCCUCCAUCCCCGCCCUCACCUCCUUUUCCCUUGUCUUCAUCUGCAAGUACUUCCUUGCUGCCAUCCCCACCGUCACCCCCUCCACCAUCAUAUUCUCAAAAUCUAAAUAUUAGUAGUUCGUUGCCUCCCCCUCCAUAUACCAAUACAAACUUAAGGGAAUCUAUGCUAAAAAACAUUCCCUCGCCUCCUCCUCCUCCACCACCACCACCACCUCCUCCUCCAUCCACCUAUGUGCAGAAUAUUAGUAAAGUUUUUCCACCUCCACCUCCACCUCCACCUCUGCCACCUCCGUCUUCCAUGCAUGGGAUUUUUUCUUCCCAAUCACAUAGCCCGCCUACUCCUCCACCUCCUUCACGUGGUGCUCCACCGCCACCGCCACCACCACCACCACCACCACCACCACCACCACUACCUCCUAUGCAUGGCACUCCAUCUCCUAUGUAUGAAUUUUCUUCUUUCCCUUUACAAAGUCUUCCACCUCCAUCUCCUCCCCUUGUGCGUGGCGCUCCACCACCCCCACCACCACCACCUCCUCCUAUGUGUGGCCCUCCACCUCCACCUCCACCUCCACCUCCACCUCCACCUCCACCUCCACCACUACCACCACCUCCUAUGUGUGGCGCUCCACCUCCACCACCACCACCACCACCACCUCCUAUGUGUGGCGCUCCACCUCCACCUCCACCUCCACCACCACCACCACCACCUCCUAUCUGUGGCGCUCCUCCACCACCACCACCACCACCACCACCUCCUCCUAUGCGUGGUGCUCCACCUCCACCACCACCACCACCUCCUCCUAUGUGUGGUGCUCCACCACCACCUCCACCUCCACCUACACGUGGUGUCCCAUCUCCUCCACCACCACCACCACCACCACCUAUGUAUGGUGUUCCACCACCUCCUCCACCACCAUCUUUUGGCACACGACCUCCAGCACCGCCUCCUUUACCUGGAGUGCCACCACCACCCCCACCUCCGAUACGGGGGGCACCACCCGCGCCACCCCCUCCCUUUCGUGGUUCGCCAGCACCACCUCCACCUCCUCUUCUUCCAAAGAAUGGGGCCCCACCACCUCCCCCACCACCUUCGAUUCGUGUCCCUCCUCCGCCUCCUCCCAUGGGAGGAGCUCCACCACCACCACCCCCUCCCGGAGGUCGCGUCCCUGGUCCACCUGCACCUCCGGGACCUCCAAGACCCCCAGGAGGUGGACCGCCACCACCUCCUCCAUUUGGGAAGGUACCUGCAGCAGAUGGUAGGGGGUUGCCAGCUGGAAGAGGGCGUGGGCUGGCACGUCCCGGUAUAUCAGCUACAGCAAAUCGGAGAUCCACCUUAAAACCACUUCAUUGGAGCAAGGUCACAAGGGUAUUGCAAGGAAGCUUGUGGGAAGAAUUGCAGAGUGUCGGAGAUCCACACGUGGCACCUGAUUUUGAUGUGUCAGAACUUGAGACCCUUUUUUCUGCCACAGUACCCAAGUCUAAUACUGCAGGUGAGAAAUCUGGAGGGCGGCGAAAAUCUACUGGAUCUAAGCCUGAUAAAGUCCAUCUGAUUGACCUAAGGAGGGCCAAUAAUACGGAAAUUAUGCUCACAAAAGUGAAAAUGCCACUUCCUGACAUGAUGGCUGCAGCACUUGCAAUGGAUGAGUCAAUUUUGGAUGCCGAUCAAGUUGAAAAUCUCAUCAAGUUUUGCCCAACCAAGGAAGAGAUGGAACUUCUCAAGGGCUAUACAGGUGACCGUGAGAAUCUGGGAAAGUGUGAACAGUUUUUCCUGGAGCUGAUGAAGGUGCCACGAGUGGAAUCAAAAUUAAGGGUUUUCUUAUUCAAGAUUCAGUUCAUUUCUCAGGUUUCUGAUUUUAAGAAAAGCUUGAACCUAGUAAAUUCUUCUUAUGAAGAGGUCCGAAGAUCACACAAACUGAAAGAGAUUAUGAAGACAAUCUUAUUUUUGGGAAAUACACUGAAUCAUGGAACUGCCAGAGGUUCUGCUCUUGGAUUCAAAUUAGAUAGUUUACUAAAGCUCACCGAUACACGUGCGUCCAACAGCAAGAUGACACUCAUGCAUUAUCUUUGUAAGGUGCUAGCGUCAAAGGCACCGGGCCUUUUGGAUUUUCAUCAAGAUCUUGUUAGCUUGGAAGCGGCUUCAAAGAUACAAUUAAAAUCAUUGGCUGAAGAAAUGCAAGCUAUUAUCAAAGGUCUGGAAAAAGUGAAACAGGAAUUGGCUGCUUCAGAAAAUGAUGGUCCUGUAUCUGACACUUUCCGCAAGACUUUAAAUGAAUUUGUCGUUACUGCUGAGACCGAAGUGUCCUCCGUGACAAGUCUAUAUUCCAUUGCGGGAAGAAAUGCAGAUGCAUUGGCUUUAUAUUUCGGUGAAGAUCCUGCUCGAUGCCCAUUCGAGCAAGUUACGCAAACCCUCCUGAACUUUGUGCGGAUGUUCCGGAAAGCUCAUGAAGAAAACUGCAAACAGGCCGAGCUAGAAAAGAAGAAAGCUCAAAAGGAAGCCGAAAUGGAGAAGGCAAAGGGGGUAAACCUGACAAGGAAAGACGGUAAAACCGAGAGUUGA